ACACUUCGAGCGAACAAUUCUCCCCACAACCGUCACAACCCAUCCAAUCUGCCUGACAGGCGGACGCAAGAAGACGGAGUUGAACCCCUAAAUCCGGUACCACCAUUGGAAGACGGAUCCCGUCCGGCCUCUAACGGGCCAACCUCUCGGACCGGCAGUGCUGUCCUCACGCCGGUAGGCCGCACCCGUCGAAAUAUCAUCUUCCGACUUUGUUUGUGCCCGGCGAUACAGUCUGACAAAGAUUAG